GAUUACGAUGAGUUUAUUUAUGUAGACAAAUAUCUCAAUCUUGACCGCAAAGAUUUUUGCUGUGAGGAAAUGUAUGAGAACCUAUUGGGAGAGGACAAUAGUGGUGAAUGCGAAUUACAUUUUGGUUAUAUUCCACAAUUUAGAGAAUAUUUUAUUGAUAUCAAGGACGAGUAUGGCGGGGCUGUUCUUUUAAUAUCUUAUUGUCCGUGGUGUGGAAAAAAAUUGCCAAAGGGGCUUCGCGAGGAGUUUUUUGAUAUAUUGGAAAAAGAAUAUAAGAUAGAAACCGAUAUUGGUGAAUACAAAGAAAGAGCAGAUAUCCCCCAAGAAUUCAAAAGAGAUGAAUAG